AUGCAUUCCAAGGUACUUGCGGCUUUUCUUCUCCUCGCUCCAGCUUUGGCCAUGCCACAAGCGACAGCCACAGCUACCUCAGAAGGCUCCUCAGAUAGUUCCAGCUCUUCUGACUCGACCGAUUCUUCGGACUCCUCCGACUCUCUCUCUGCGAUUCCUGGAGUCCCCAGCAACUAUGUGAGCGUUCUGGAAACCGCCGUUCCGUCUUCUUGGGAGUAUAUGAACUCCGCGGAAAUUGCUUCAGUCGCCAGUGCCGCUGCGGCGGGCACGUACCCUGCGUGGUACAACAAUCUGCCAGCCAGCAUUAAGGCUGUUGUUACCGAGCUUGGUGGGUUUGACGAGAACUUGCUUGGCGUGGAUCCUUCUGUGACCAUGGCUAUGGGAUCUAGUUCCUCCAGCCCUGCUUCUGAGGCCGCCGUGGCUACUACUGCUGCUGGCUCCUCUGGUUCAGCUGCCACCGAGACUCAGGCUUCAACCAUUUCUUCCGCUACAUCGGGUGCUGCUUCUAGUUCCAAGUCAACUGUCCAUUCGUCUGCGAGCUCCACUGGUGGCGCCCCUAUUGCUACUGGUGGUGUUGCCAUGAGCGUUGCUGGAGCAGUUGGAAUUCUGGGCCUUGCUCUUGGGCUUUAA